UGUCCCAGCCCCACGGUUCAGGAGGACGGUGGCGACGUGGAGUUCCGUGGAUUCCGCGACGGCGUCGUGUCGCUUCGCCUGCAGGGCGCCUGUACCUCGUGCCCCUCCUCCUCGCUCACGCUCAGCAGCGGCAUCCUGAACAUGAUGCAGUUCUACAUCCCAGAGGUGACCUCCGUGGAGCAGGUUAAGGAUGACGUUGAUGAUGUGACUGAGAAGACGUUUGAAGACUUUGAAAAAAAGCAGGAGGAGAAGAAACCACAAAGGCCUUGACAGAUAAACACACUCAUAGCAUCACUCAUAGACUCACUCAUAUACUGACUCUAAGACUCACUCAUAUACUGACUCAUAGGCUUACUCAUAGACUCGGUUAUAGACCCACUGUCACAUAGACUCUCACAUACACUCACUCAGACUCUCUCAAUCAUAUACUCACUCAAUCAUAGGCUCAAUCAUAGACUUACUCAUAGACUCACUGUUACAUAGACUCAUAUUUACUCACUCAGACUCAUCGACUGACUCAAUCAUAAACUCAACCAUAGACUCACUCAAUCAUAGACACAAACAUAGACUCACUCAACCAUAGACUCACUCAACCAUAGACUCUCAUAUAUACUCAGACUCAUUGACUCACUCAAUCAUAGACUCAAUCAUAGCCUCACUCAAUCAUAGACUUACUCUUACAUAGACUCUCAUAUAUACUCACUCAGACUCAUUGACUCACUCAACCAUAGACUCACUCAACCAUAGACUCACUCAACCAUAGACUCACUCAUAGACUCACUCAAUCAUAGACACAACCAUA